AUGGGUAUUAACAAAAGGCUGAUACAACUGUUGCUGGUGGUGGUGGUGGUGGUGGUGGUGGUGGUGGUUGUUGUAGCAUCUCAAGCAAAGCCCGGCUGCCCAGAAACCUGCAGCAACCUGACCAUUCCAUACCCAUUCGGCACAAGCGAAAGUUGUUACCUUGAUGAGUCCUUCCAUAACAUAAGCAAGUUCACAGCUGUAGGUUGUGACACUCACGCAUUUGUACAAGGUUCUGUAGGAUGCAAAUAUGCAACCGGCUGCACGUCCUUGUGUGGCAACAUUAGUGAUGUUGUGAAUGGUUCGUGCUCUGGCAUUGGUUGUUGCCAAACAUUGAUUCCAAAAGGAGUGACAGAGUUUGAAUUGCUAGUGAAAAGCUAUUACAACCAUUCAGAGAUUUGGAACUUCAAUCCUUACAGCUACGCUUUUGUUGUUGAGGAUGGGAUUUAUACCUUCGCCUCAGAAGAUCUUUACAAUUUAAUCAACACCGAGAAGUUGCCUGUUGUGCUUGAUUGGGCGGUUGGUAACAGGACAUGUCAAGAAGCCAGAAAGGAAGUAAGCACCUACGCGUGCGGGAACAAUACUUCAUGCUAUGACUCUGAUAAUGGUCCUGGAUAUCGCUGCAAUUGUUCUCAAGGUUAUCAGGGGAACCCCUAUCUUCCAAAUGGUUGCAAAGAUAUUGAUGAGUGCUCCACUCCUGGACUCAAUCAGUGCACCUAUAUAUGUCACAACACAGAUGGGAAUUUUAUUUGUUCUUGCCCAAAGUGGUAUCAUGGUGAUGGCAGAAAAGAUGGACUUGGUUGCAUUUCUGAUCAAAUAUGGACUAAGGUCAUUGUGGGUCUUCUGAUUAUUACUGUUGCGAAACUUUCAAGUAUCACUACUAGCCUAUUAUUUUUAUCUGCCAUUGUUGCUUUUGUGUACUGGGUGAAGCAAAAAAGGAAAAACGCCAAGGUCAGAGAAGAUUGCUUUAAGCAAAAUGGUGGUGUAAUGUUGCAAGAACUACUUUCCAAAGGUGAAAAUUCUGAUCAAGUAGCAAAAAUAUUUACUGAAGCAGAGCUCAAGAAGGCAACAAAAAACUUUAAUGAGAUGUGUGUUAUUGGCCAAGGUGGUUUUGGCAGUGUGUACAAAGGAACUUUGGCAGAUAACAGAGUGGUUGCCAUCAAGAAGUCCAAAUUGGUAGACCGAGACCAAAUUAAUCAAUUUGUCACUGAGGUGAAAAUGCUAUGCCAAAUUGACCAUCCAAAUGUAGUAAAGCUCUUGGGUAGUUGCUUAGAGACAUCCGUUCCUCUACUAGUUUACGAAUUUAUCAAUAACAAUGCACUCUUCCACCACCUACACAAUGAAGCUCGUGUGUCGUCAAUCCCAUGGGAGAGUCGUCUAAGGAUCGCCACAGAAACUGCAGAAGCUCUAGCACAUAUCCACUCUACCACUCAAAUCAUUCAUAGAGAUAUCAAGUCUACCAACAUUCUCUUGAAUGAUGACUACACAGCGGAAGUGUCUGACUUUGGAAUUUCAAAGUUUGUGCCUUCUAGCAAAACACAUUUAACCACACUGGUGCAAGGGACUUUUGGGUACAUAAACCCUGAGUACUUCCAUUCAGGUAACUUAACAGAAAAGAGCGAUGUUUAUAGCUUCGGAGUUGUUCUUGUAGAACUAUUAUCAGGCGAGAUGGUAGUUUCUUUUGAAAGACUCGAAAAAAAUAGGAGUUUAGCUGCGUAUUUUGUUUCUUCAAUGGAAGAGGAUCUUUUGUUUCAAAUUCUCGAGGAUCAAGUAAAAAGAGUGGGAGAUGUUGAACAGCUCAAAGGAGUUGCUGAGGUUGCAAAAAAAUGCUUAGAAUUGAAGGGGGAUCGAAGGCCAAGUAUGAAAGAAGUAAAAGAGGAGCUCGAGGCCUUGAGAAAUUUUGAGAAGCACUCGCGUCCUGAUCAAAUUGGAUCACACAUAGAAGAGGGGGAGCCCUUGCUCUUCGAACCAUUGGACUUCUACAGCAACUCUGCAUCAACUGUGUUUGACAGUGUGAAGAACGAAGUUAUAUUUUAG